GCCCGGAAGAGGAGCCGGGCUGAGCUGCGGAGUCCCACAGCGUCCUGUGCUCCCUGGCUCAGGCCUGACCAGUUCCUGAGCCAAUCUUGACCAAAGCAAAGCAGAUGAGGAGCCGAGUUUGAUGCCGUGUGAUGGCCAGCCGCCUAGAAGCUGGGGAACCCGAGGAGCCACGUGAAUUGGCCCAAACGGACAGCAGGGCCAUGGACGACCUUUCUCAGGAGACCUUCGAGUCCUUCUCUGAUGAGGUACAGACUUCAUGUUCAUUCAGUUCCCCUGGAGGACAGCUGCCCUCGCCUCAGGUGUCCGGGGGCAAACCUGAGAGUGGAGAGCCCACUGCACGCUUGGAAUGUCAAGAUAAACAAUCUGAGCUUUCAGAAAAGAGGUUUAGUCAGAAAAGAAUCAACUACCUCAAGGGGAAAGGAACUAACUCUGGAGGGUACCAACCAGACACUCACCCUAAAACAGAAAUCACUCCGGUGUCUGAUGAACAAAUGCAUGCCCUGCAGACUUUUUGCACCGUUAAGGUAAACCUGAUGCAUCACAGAGCAACCUCUAAAGGGAUGAAGAGCAGCAGACAUAAGAAGCUGCAGCUUAGAUCGGAUGCAGAGGCUUCAGAGAUGGAUGCCAUCAACUGUACUGCCCCCGACGAGCUUGUGAACAGAAUCCAUUUAAAAAACGUGAUGGCAACACUAAAACAGGCGGCAACAGUUAGGCAACACGUUCCUUCUAGGUGCCCUGAUUGUAACAGAAAAAGAGCGGAACUGGCUCAAUCUGCCUUCCUGAAACGAAAGAAGACUUUACUGGAGUCACUUCUCCUCCAAGAGAAAAUAGAUGAACAUCUUCAUACUAAAGACUUUCUUACCUUUAUUGGAGAAGCGCAUCGGGGCCUUCCCAGGCUUUCAGAUGACCCUGGAAUAAUCUGGAAAAAGCUGAAUGAGAAAAGCCAGAAGAAAGAGUCUGGUUUUGAAAGGUCAGAUCCAGAGCAGAAGAUGUAGCGGAAUGGAAAUAGCGCUUGUCAUUCACUGUUUGCUCUACCACCUCUCAAACCACUGACUCCAACCAAACAGGAGAUGCUGCUUAUUGAUGAUAAUGUGUAACGUAGAUAGAUGUUUUUGUUGUGUAUUUGAAUAAUGGUCAUCAUUUCUACAAGCACUUUGGAACCUAACUUAAAAAUGUACUAUGCUUCCUUCACAGAUUUGAGGACUAAGAACUUUUGAUUUGGUGUGUUUUUCAGAUUAUAGAGGGCAACAUGGUAGUUGGAAUCGUUACAAAGUUUUUACAACAAUCCUGGGGAGAGAUGCUGGUAGUUUUCGACUAGGGUUUUGACAGCACAGAUAGAAGUACAGAAAUGUAAGAGAUACUUAAGGAAGUAAUAAUUGACAGUCUUGGUGAAGAAAUGGGUGUGGGGAUCGAAUGAAAGGUAAAUGCUAAAAGUGUUACUGAGUUUCUGACUUGUGUACUGAAUGAAUAAUAAUUUCAUUAAAUUGUAUAUAGAAACAUUAGAAGAGGAUCAUGUUUGAUAGAAGUGAUUAGCAGCGUGAUUAUUUGGACAUGACUGGUUUGAGAUAUAUUUGAGACAUCCACUUUGAGAGGGUGAGAAACAUUGGGUUGUUUGUGUUUGCAGUCUGGAGAAAAGGUUUGGCCUGUAUAUUUGAAAUAAAGGGAAGGGGCCACAGAUCAUUGCAUGUAGCUGGAAAUUGAAGUCAUAGAUGUAAGUUCUUUGGGAAGAGGAUAGGGUGAGAAGUGGAUAAGAGGUAUAACUAACUCCUGAGAAAUUCAGCAAUUAAAGGCUGAAUAGAGGAGAAUAAGCCACCAAAGGUUUAGAAGAUAUUAUCAUAAAAGGAUGAAAGAAACCAGGAUUGUGUAGUGUCACAGAGAGCAAAGAGAGAAAAAUAUCAAGAAGGAUGGGUUUUCUAAGCAUGCAAAUGCAACAGAGAAUUCAUGUAAGAUAUUUAGUCAUGUCCUUAGGCGCUGUUGAUCUUAGCAACAGCCAUUUCACUUACAGGAAUUGGCUAGACAGGCAAAGUAAGUUGAGGAAUAAAUGUGAGGACAUGAAAAAUAUGAAUAUAGACUACUUCUUGAAGUUCAGUUGUGGAGGAAAAGAGAGGGGGAAGGUGGAGGUAUAUGUAUAAUUGAGGGAAGAAUGCUUGAAUAAAUUACCUGAAAAGCCAUUUUUGGGGCCUUAUUUUAUGAAACUUCUCUUACUCAUUCUAAUUUCCAUUGUGAUGAAACAAUAUCAUCCCUGAAAAUACCAUGGCAUUUUGAAAAUACAUUUAUUGAAAAAAGUGUUAGUUGGCAUUCUGAGAAAUUCAUUUUCUAUAAAAAUACAAAUCCUAUAAUUUGUCACAAUACCUAGAGGCUAUUUCUCCUCAUGCCUAACAACUAAGCUAUCCCAGUCGAAAAGAAAUUUGUGAAAAUCAGUUAUAAUAGUCUUUAUAACAUUCCAAUACUAUUUGAUUUUAGAUUUUCAUUUAUGUAUAAAAAUACUUUCUCCUACAAAAGUUAGCAUGUUCCCUCAUAUGAAGUCAGUCAAG